AUGCAUGUCGCGGAGCGGCUGGGCGUCCACGUGACCGCCGUGAAGAACGUCAUCAUCUGGGGCAACCACAGCAGCACGCAGUACCCAGACGUCAGCCACGGCACGGUGGAGGGCAGGCCGAUCAAGGAGGCGCUUGCGGACAGCGCGGAGUGGCUGGAAGGGGAGUUUGUCACCACAGUGCAGCAGCGCGGCGCGGCCAUUAUCAAGGUGCGGGGUGUUUGGGGUUUUGUGCUGCUGCAGCUGCGCAUGGAGGGGCGGCGUCGGGGCCCGGAGCGCGACGCCGGCGGCUGCAGCAGCAGCAGCAGCAGCAGCAGCAGCAGCAGCAGCAGCAACAACAACAGCGUGCGCGCGCGCGGCCUGUCGAGUGCUAUGUCUGCCGCCAGCAGCGCCUGCGACCACGUGCGCGACUGGCUGCUGGGCACCGCCCCGGGCACCUGGGUCAGCAUGGGCGUCUACUCUGACGGCAGCUACGGCCAGCCCGCGGGGCUGGUGUACAGCUACCCCGUCACGACAGAGGCCGGCGGCAAGUGGAAGAUCGUCCAGGGGCUGGAGAUCGACGCCAAGAGCGCCGAGAAGCUGCGGAUCACGGCUGAGGAGCUGUCUGAGGAGCGGGAGCUGGCCCUGGAGUGCAUCGCAGAGGCCGGCAAGGCGUGA